AUGUGUAGUCUAAAUCGGACAAAUACUCACAUUAAACCGGAUCCGUUAACCAAUAAUCGACAUUAUCGUUAUUUAUGUAUCGAAAAAUAUCUUUUGGGCGAUAGUAGUCUUAAGCUCGGCGUAUCGAAUCUUGAUCAAAUAACCACAAUCGGAAUCGCCAAAGAUUUAGAGAUCUUAUUACAAAAAUUGGCAAAAGUUUGUCAAAAUCUUCGUGGAAUCAUACUGUUUUGUGAUAGUCAUUCGAACGUUCGUAUUACAAAGCAAUUGGAAAAUACUGCAAUAGGACUGCAAAAAACUAUUAUUGCGCAAAAUGGUUUUCAAUGGCUCCGAUUAUAUGGUUCAUCCGCAAUUCUAUUCCGAUUCAUUUCAAACUUUGAUUCCUCAUCAACAACACUACGCGCCAUUGAAUUAAAUCAAGUAGAUUUGAGAUUACUUGAAUCGGAUAAUUUUGUCGAGGCGUUAAGUUUUUGUGAAAACCUCCGUUGUCUGAAGAUCACAUAUUGUAAAAACCUAGAUCAACAACAUUGGACGGAAAUUGCCAGAUUUUUCAAAAAACUUGAAUAUUUCUCUAUUUCAAUGACGAAAGAAGAAAUACCCGUGAAAUUUUUAGAGCAAAUUUUUAUUUCAGCUGGAGAUAAUUUGAAAUACCUUAAAAUCGAUCAUAAUUCUAAUAUAGCUAGUACAAUUCUUGAUGAACUCCUUCCCUAUUGGUAUCUUUAUAAUUUACAAGCUCUAGAAAUGCAAGGAUUAAAUUUGAAGAAUGCCAUCGUCUCAUUAAAAACUUGCAAAAAACUCAAACAUCUGACUAUUUAUCAGGAUACUAUCAAUGUCAAUAGUUCUGAAGUGCUAAAUACUUUGAUAAAAGAGCUUCCGACCACCUUGGAAUCAUUAAUUGUUCGAAAUUUAUCUGGCAUCAACAUAGCAUAUUCUCUUGUUAAGGAAAAGGAAUCUAAACGUGAAAAUUUGAACUCGUAUGAUGUAAAAACGAAUGUGUGUGUAAAUUAUUUUUACGAAAAUAUUGAUCCAAUUUACUUUAAAUAA